CAGACGUGAAAAACGAAAGUUUAGAAAUAAUUUAAUUUUCAAAUCUAGAAAUGAGAAGUUAGUAUUAAGUAAUGUUUCCGUAACAAAUUGACAAAUAAUUGAACAGAUCUUAAUCUGUAGGAAGUUUAUAGAAGAGCUUUAAUGUACUGUAAUUACAAUGAUAAAUAUUGAAAAUUUAAAUACAAAUGUGAAAAAUUGACAUUUACGUCUAUUGAACAAUCGCAAGGUCAUUUCAAAACCUAUACUGUCAAACAUCAUUGGCGGAAUUGCAACAUAUUUUUUUCCUGGAUUUUGACAGACAUAGAGAAUUACAAAGUUGUCGUCUGCUAACGAUGCAUUGACAAGCUAUGAAUAAUAAUUGAAAAUAGAAGUUGUGUGAUGUUAUUAUAUUAUAAGAGAAAAUGCAUUUCUGGACUAUUAUGCAUAUUUUGUGGCUAUAAGUUUGUCUUUGAACGGGUAAUUAUUGAAAGUAAAUUAGCGUGAUAUAUUAUUAAGAAGCUGCCAGACUGUUAGUUACAAUGCUGGACUUAUUGGUUAUAGUAUGGCUUAUGCUAAAAUGGAUUCAUAUAUGGUGGCGGGCGAUUUCUCAGUGGUAUAACAAACCAAGAAAAAUCUAUAAAGGAUCUGUUAAGGACGGUGGAUAUUCUGCCAAAAACAGUCGUAACCUACAUGAAGAUAAACAUAGCAGAUGUAAUGCAGACGCAAAUGGGGACAUUGAUAGUGAAAACUGUAUCUCACAAUGCAGAAUUACUGCAACAGGCAAUAAUUUACAGAAAAGUAGAAUUAGUUUAGAAUCAAAGAAAGUUUUAGGAGUAAAUAGUGAAAAUGUGAGUAACAGAAAAGGAGAAAACAGUUUUGAAAGUGGUAUUGCAUUGAAAUCAGAAGGAUUCUUAUCAAAACAGGGGCAACCGAAACAAAACAACGGAUAUCUUAUAUCAAACAAACUACAUGACAGUAGGACAGCAUCGAAGAGAAAAUCAAAAUCGCCAUCGCCUCCGGGAAGUUGUCAGACUUCAUCACAAUCUACGUUAAUAACAACAAGUCUCCAAACAGCAGGUCUGAAUAGAGAUAUUGAGGAGACUAUAUGUGAAUCUGGAGAUUCAAGUAAUGUGUUUAAAACAUCUUUUCAUGAUGAGUGGAAGGAAAAGUCAUUAAAGUCAGUAAAAUUAACACCAAAUGAUUCAUUGACUUCAUCACUCAAACCUGGGAACAUCCAGGAAUCAAAAUCCAAACAUUUAUCUAAUGAGGUAGAUGUUAAAAGUGUGUCACAAAGCAAAGCAGUAUUGACUGAAUCAAAAGAAAAGGUGCAAAAAUCAAAAGUUUUAUCUGAUGAUAUCAAUGGGAGGAACAAAACUGAAUUAAAUUUUACUGAAAAGCUGUCUUCAAAAACAGAAAUUAUUAGAAAUGGAAUUGCUGAUGACGAAAUUGAAAAAUGUAAGUUAUUAAAUAAUGACACAGAUGGUGAUGAGGUUGAGUGGAGGGUAAGAACUUUACAGAAUGGAAGUGAAAAUGUUGGUAAAACUGUUCAGAAGAAAUGUUAUGAUGGGGAGAAAAUAACAUUAGUAACUAGCUCAAAAACCUUUACUGCCAAAGCUAACUUUGUUACUAAUACUACUUUUUGCAGUGAAACAGAAAAUGCCUACAAACUUCUAAAAGAGAAAUCACCUGAAAGUACGGUUGUUGUCAAACAAAUAGAAACUUUAGCAAAUGAAGCUGACAGUUAUGUAACCAGAAGAAGAGUCAUAAGACCAAAUGAAUUAAGAAUUAAGCACUAUUCACAAGAUGAUGCUCUUCAUAAAAGAAGUGUAACAUUUAAUGGUGAACAACCAGAUACAAAGAUGGCCUACAGAAGAAGUGUGAGUGCUGACUCUAGUCCAUACAGGACUUUCCAUGCACCAACAGUGGAGAGAAUCAGUGUGUAUGAUAGAUAUAUGGAAAGGGAAAGAAAAGAACUGCUUGCAAGACUUUCUGAGAGGAGGAAGUCAAUGGAAUCAGCUAGUCAUGAUAUAUUUAUUCCACAUUAUUCAGACGAGUACAGGUCCUCCACAAGGCGUUCUCCUGGUGCCAUUGUUAUUUCUAAGACUAUGCGACGGAAAAUGUCAGAAAGGACUACAAGAAGCAUGGAAAUGUUGGAAACAAGAACAAGGUUUUCUGAUGGCUAUGAAUCUCCAAGAUCAUUUACCAAAGACUACUCGAAAUAUGGGUCGUCAUCUAGACAGAAUCUUAAUGAAGGUAUGAUUAGAAGUAAAAUAAGAGAACAUAUGUCAAACAUAAUUGGCAAGAGAUUAUAUGCUGACGAAGAUGUAAUGUUUAGCUGUAGGUCUGAAAAUCCUCUGUAUGCAGGAGAUGGUAUGGAAACUGAUCAAGAAAGCACUAUUACUAGUGAAAUAGAUAUCAGCAGUGAGCAAAAUGGAUUAAAAACUGAUGAAGAAAGCGAAGAAUAUCUUGCAGAUGAAGAAACGGAUGAAACACUGAAAAUAACGAAAUCAGCAUUUGAUGAACCAGUUGUUUCUUACAGCAGUAGAUAUGAAAGCUAUUCUCAAAGUGAAGCUCAUGCUAGACAAUUGGAACUUAAGAGUAAAGAAAUGCAUAGAGGAAUUAGUCAGUCUAGUGAAAUGUAUAAAAAUAUAGAAAAAUCUGCUUCGGAACUGAAAUUUAAUAGGUAUGGCAGUACCAAAGAACCUUUGUUUGCACAAGAUAAUGUGAUAGCUGAAUCGGUUGGUGCAUUAAGGGAGGAAACUUUCGAUUUGUCACUCAGCUCUCUAGCAACUAUUAACUUUGGUGAACUAAGCAGUGUACCAGGUGUAAGAAUACCAGGUCUUAAAUCUGCUUGGAGAGAGAGUGAAGAUGGUCUUGGUGAUACCCUCAUAGAUGAUGAUAUUUUAACACCAACUUUUCAGAUUUCGGAUGUGGUUGUUCCCGGCCAGCCAGAAGACAUCUCGGCCAAAGAGGCACUGUUAUUAUGGAGCCGGCGCACCACAGAUGGUUACCCAGGAGUUCAAGUUCGAGACUUUGACAAGAGCUGGCAGGAUGGCAAGGCCUUCCUCUCCAUUUUACAUAGAAAUAGACCUGACUUGAUAGAUUUUCGCCGGGUUCAGACGCAGUCUAACCGACAGAACCUGGAGUUAGCCUUCUCUACAGCGGAGAGGGAGUUUGGGGUCACAAGAUUGCUUGACCCUGAAGAUGUUGAUGUGCCAAAACCAGACGAGAAGUCAAUCAUUACAUACGUGUCAUCCUUGUAUGACGUGUUCCCGGACGUCCCCUCCGUCGAACAGUCCCUCAAGGAUAACGAAAGACAGUUGAAGAUAGAUGAAUACAAAGAGUUAGCCGUCCCCCUGGUCACAUGGUUACAAGAUGUGAUUAUGAUGCACUCACAGAGAAACUUCCCCACCACUCUCAUUGAAAUGAAGUCAUUGUUGUCAGACCUACAUAGAUUUAAAAUUGAAGACGUCCCCCCUCGACUUGAAAUGCGGAAAAGAACAUUGAGACUUUUCGACGACAUUCAGAGUACUGGUGCUUCACACCUCGGUUCUGAUGAUGAAUUAUACCCAGACAAUAUAAACCGGUUGUGGAACCGGUUCGAACAUGUCCAACAGGAGAGAGAAAUGGCCAUUCAGCAGGAAAUAGUCAGAUUAGAGAGAUUGCAAAGAUUAGCUGAAAAAUUACACCGAGAAUCAAAACAUAGCGAAGAUAGUCUUAACGACCUUGAGAGACGUAUUCAAGAUGAGGAACGUAGGGCCGAGACUUUACACCCAUUCGAAGCCAAGCGAAACUGUGAUGCAUUAGAACGAGCCUUGAAAACUAUUGAAGAUAACGUUCAUUCAUUGUUAAGGGAUGCGCAAGCCCUUCAAGAUGGUAGAUACGCAAACUCCGAAAAUAUUUAUAAAAGAGUGUCGGCUUUAAGAUUACGGGUCUCUCAGUUACGCACAGAACUUUUUAGCAAUGUGAUACAAAAACUUCUUUCAAAAUCCUAUGUUGAAGAAGGAAUAACAACAACACGGCGCCGUGAAGUCGUCACAGAAGUACGACUAGUAGAAAAUAACCCAUCGUUCAGACAUGUGCAACAUUGCCUACAGUGGAUCGAGGCAAAACAAUUAGCAAUGGAUAUGCCGGAUUAUGGUAUGGAUGCACAAAGUGCCCAGGAAAACUUUAAGGCAUACCAAGAUGAACACGCAGAAAUUGUAGCGUUCAAAAAGGAAAUUGACAAGUGUAUAAAUGAUAGAAGAAAUUUGUCCCCUGAUGAGCAAGAUCUUUACACAGAAUGGCUGUCCAAGGUAGAAGUGGCCUAUUCCUUACUUAGUAACAACUCCAGUCGGAGAGUGAAGGGUCUAGAGUCCCUAAUAGAUUUCCUUCAAGCUGCGACACAGGAGCUGAUCUGGUUAAACGAGAAAGAAGAGGUGGAGGUCACGCGUGACUGGAGCUCAAGUCGAUUGAACGUCCCCACAAUCGAUGAGUUCUACAAGGGCUAUCCAGUUUUCGGACAUAAUUUCGGACAGAAUCUCCUUCAUGAAAUGAAGGCCAGGGAGGCCCAGUUUAACUCUGUACAGGACCGCGGUAAUUCCAUGGUCCUUGAUAGACACCCAGCAGCCAAAACUAUUGAGGCGUAUAUGUCCCAAAUGCAGUCUCAAUGGUCAUGGCUCCUACAACUGUCAGUGUGUCUAGAUGCUCACGUGAAACAUGCUUCAGCCUAUUAUCAGUUUUUCGAAGAAGCGUCAGAAUGUGAGCAGUGGAUGUCACGACAGGCUGAUUCUAUAAAUAUCCGCUACAGUGAUGACAGCCAAUCAGUGGAGACGUUACAAACAUUGUUACGGGAGUUGCAGGAACUGUCAGAUGUGAUGUCGGAGUACGAGAGACGUGUAUCGUCACUCACAAUGAGAAGUCGAGAAAUCAUUCCAUUGAAACAAAGAGGACAACCUGUGUUCUCUGAACUUAGAUGUAGAUGUCUUUGUAUAUACAAACAACCCCCUAUGGUGCUAAACAAAGGUGAAGCAGUGAUACUUUUAGACAAUAGCCAGAAAAUAAGAUGGAGGGUGCGGACAAUGCGAGGAGAGGAAGAUCUUGUACCAUCAGUAUGUCUGCUAUUACCUCCACCUAAUUAUGAAGCCAUAGAAUUUGCUGACAGGCUAAAAAUACAAUUUGACCACCUACAAAGUUUAUUGAGAAUGCGCAAGAGAAAGAUGAGUAAGAACAUGGUGCUGGGAACCAUCAACUUGAUACAAGGAUGGGACCUGGCUCAAUUCCAGGCCCUGGACCCAGUCAGACGUGAGGCCCUGAUGCGAGCAUUGAAUGAAGAUGCUACAAAAUUGAUUGCUGAGGUGGGGGAAGGAGACAGAGAUAUGAGGCAGUUAAGAGAUAGAUUAAAUGAAUGCAAUCAACACUUCCAGAACCUCACAGCUGCUGUUAACGAAGAAGAGUUAAGGAAAACUCGUGGUCCUGAUAAAGAGUUUAUACAGAAGCUAGACUCGGUCAGUUACCAGCUGAGCUCCUUGGAACAGGACCUUCAGACUCGCAUACAGCAGCCUCUACCUCAUGAUAAACAAAGCAUGGACUCGGCCAGAAAGCAGCAAUCUGAUUGGGAAAGAGGACUACAGAACCAAGAAGGAGCUGUGGAGCAGCUGAGACUUGUGCACCGUCAACUCGGGGCAAGUAGUCCACAGACUGACUCUAAAAUUCUCUUCAUUGAUGAGAAAUGGGAACAAAUGAUCACAGUGGGAAAUGUUUACGAAGAAAGAUUGAAGAGUUUAGAAUCCUGCCUGAAUAAAAUGGACAGCCUCUGUGCCUUCGUAGCAGACCAGGAAGUGACCUUGGGCUCACAGGAAGGCAUGUCUUCCAACCCUCGUGCCCUGGCUGCCCAAAGGGAUGAGUUACAGACAAUAAAAACCUCACUAGAACACAGACAAUCAAUGCUGGCAGCACUAGAAGAUGAUCUGACCUCAUUAAGAAGUGCUGUUGAGAAGAGUCGACCUGGAACGUCGCGACAUCAUGACGUGGAAGACCUCGAGAAGAAGGCCAGUAACUUGACAACUAGAUGGAAUAAUGUCAAAGAACAAGUCACAGAAAGAUUAAAGAGCAUGACAGAUGCUGUAGAUUCUCUGACUCAAUACACAAAUGGUUUUGCGGAGGAGCAGGAAUUUGUUGCCGAGACCCAGAGCAAAAUCAAUGCUCAGUCACCAGUGUCGAGUGUUGAAGAUGCUAAACGAUCUGUACAACCUGCUAUGUCGAUCUAUAACUCGCUUGGAGAACACCAACAUCAGAUAGAGGCAGUAAACAGACAUGGUGGACAAUAUAUACGGGAAGCAAAGAUCUAUGAAAAGAAAUUACAGAAAUACCAGAAUAGCCUACAGAGUGUAGAUGCAGGCCUGGCCGAGGGUUUACACAAACGCCCUCGACGAGCCUCAGGUGCUGAAACUGUGAAGACAGAGCUAGACAAUCAGAAUCGGCAAUAUAUUGAUCAAGUACUCUGGGCCAACAGGCAGCUACAGGAAAUUAAGAAUGUAUUUUCUGAAGCUAAUAUUGAUGUACAGUUCCCUGUGUUGGUAACUGACAAGGUACCUCUUCUGAGAACCUUCAGAGCAGAACUAACAAAACGUUCCUCGAUGCUUGUGGAUGAGGACAUGCAGGAAUACUUCCAACAACUUGCUGACUUUGAAGGCUAUGGUGGACUUCAGGCUAUGGGAAAAACUGGCGAGACUUUUGGUAGCCAGACGACAAUUAGCGUGUCACGUCCAGAAAGCCAUGUAACACCUUCAAGAAAUGUGGUAGCCUCUGUAGCAUCUCCAGUGAAAUGGAGAAUGACAACUCCACCCAUACCAACUGAAAAAUUGUCAAACAAAGUGGCGAGCAUUUCUAGCCUAACUGAAAAUAAUGCUUUGGAAAUUUCGGCACCUGGUCAAACAUUGAUAACUGUACAGCAAGGUUGUCUGGCACCACAAGGAACAUAUUUACAUGUUCCUUCUAUUUUGAAUCCUCAGACAGGAAGAAAAGUGAAUUUAGCUGAAGCUGUGAAAGUAGGUGUGUUUGAUCCUAAAACUGGGACAAUAACUGAUCAGAGAAUAAAUAAAAAAAUGAAUCUUACGCAAGCUACUGCAAAUAGGUAUGUUUCUAAUGACUUACAAAGACAAUUAACCUCCACUUGUGGUAUUUCAGACCCAUUCUCAGGUCAGGAAUGCACUCUUCUUGAAGCUAUGCAAAAAGACUUAUUUGACCCAUGCAAAAACUCUGUUAAAGACCCAAGUUCGGGAAAAUUCAUACCUAUACAGGAAGCUGUGGCUCGAGGGCUUUUAUCUAGUGUAGACGCUGAAAAUUUAGUAGGUGAAGGUGUUACAGUGACUUUCAUUACCCAAUCACAAGCUGUGUUCACAAAUGAUGACCUUGCAUCAACCACUAUGAGACUAGGAUUAGCAGACAUUGUUGAAAAUGGUUUAUACAUUCCUCAAUCUGGUAAAAUUCUAAAUCCAACUUCUGGAAGAGAAUUAACUGUCCUUGAGGCAGUUGAGCAGGGAUUAAUCAAUCCAACAAAAAAGGAAAUAAAGGACGCAAAAACUGGGAAGUUAUUAUCGCUAUCUGAAGCAGUUAACAAUGGUGUGAUAGACCCACAAUCUGGAUCUUAUAUUAACAAGUCAAGUGGACAGAAACUUGCUCUCGAUGAUGCAUAUCAAAGAAAAUUGAUUAAUAAGCCAACAGUGUUAUCUUCUGCAAUACGCGAAGGUGCUGUUAUGGAAAACGGCAAAGUUAUAGACCCGCAAACUGGACGCGUUAUCUCCUUGAAGGAAGCAGUUGACAUUGGUUUAAUUGAUUCUGACUCAAAAACAAUUGUUGAUACUAAAACAGGAGAUGUGUUAUCUUUAAGUGAAGCAUUUGAUAAGAGAUUACUAGAUCAACAGGGCUUUGUUCAUCCUGAUAAAUCAAUCAAGAAAGAAACUCUCACAGAAUCUGUUGAUAAAGGACAUAUAAAGUUUGUUAAAGAGGACUUAAAUAUUAGUAAAAGGUGUGUGAAAGACACUCGUAGUGGGACAAUUAUUUCAGUGCCUCAAGCUAUCAAACAAGGAAUAAUUACAAGCAAUGGUGAUUUUGUUGAUACGUCAUCAGGCAGGAGAAUUUUGUUAAAGGCUGCAGCUGGACAAGGAUUUAUAGAUAAGGAUGUUGCUGAAGUUCUUUUGAAAGACAUAUCAAUGAAAGAUGCAAGUGGUCGUAACAUUUCUGUUCUCAAAGCCAUACAAAUAGGUUUGAUAACUCCAGAAAAUGCUGAAAUAAGAGAUCCAAGAUCAAGAAAGACAUUAAGUUUGCAACAAGCAGCAAAAGAAGGCAUUGUAUCAACAGAUGAUGCCAUAACUGUUUUAGAACUACUUAGUCCAAUCAUUGCUCAGACAACAGUCACAACACGUUUGCAGCCUGGUCAACAGGAAGCAGGAAUCCGCUCAAUAUCUGUAUCCGACGCUGUUGCUAGAGGUUUACUAAAUGAACAAACUGGAACAUUCCGUGACCCUAACACUGGUGCUUUAAUGCCUGUACAAACUGCAAUUGAACAAGGAUUAUUGAAAUUAACAUCAGAGUGGCCUUCCAAUGGGAUGAAUAUGGAUGAUACAGAUGGUGAAACAUCAAAGUCCGAUGUAGAUAGAUGGAUGAAAGAAAUUCACACAAACCCUGAAAUGACUGAACAAUUAAGAAAUACUGGAAAAGCUACUGUUGAAUCAAAAUUGAUGAAAAAACUCGGAGAUCAGAACUAUUCUUUUACUCAAACUGUUGUAACAAAACCAAAAAUAACUGAAAAUGUUGUGUCUGAAACUAAACAUUUUAAAGUGAAAUCUGUAGUAGAUCCAAGAACUAAAACUGAAAUUGGAGUUAAUGAAGCAAUACAUAGAGGACUUUUAGAUAUGAAUAAAGGGUUAUUUAUUCACCCAGUAACUGAUGAAAAAAUGUCAAUUGAAACUGCUCUCUCUAGGGGAUUUGUACGUGGUAUUGAAACAUCUGAACCAUCGGCCAAUACUUUAAAAGAAACAAAAUCAUUCUCAUUAACUGGUGUUAUACAUCCUAAAACAGGUAAAAAAAUAUCAAUAAGUCAAGCAGUGAAAGAAGGUAUUCUUAACUUGGAUAAAGGGCUUUAUAAUGGUGUAGAUAGCAGAGGAAAAAAGAUUGUAAUGAAAAUAAGUGAAGCUGUUGAUAAAGGACUUGUUAUCGCUGAUGACGAUAGUUCUAAAUCUGGUUCAAGUCAGUACUUACAGGAAACAAAAACUUACCAAUUAAAGAGUGUUAUAAACCCUAUUACGCGUGAAAGACUUGAAGUUGCAGAAGCAAUAAAACAAGGACUACUAGAUGAACAUAGAGGUAUUUACAAUCAUCCUCAAACUGGUGAAAGAUUAAGUAUUCCUGAAGCAAUAGAAAGAAAAUUGAUUGAUGCUGAGUUAAUGUCAGUAGUGUCUAAUGCCGAAGGUGAAGGAAGUAAAAUAAUAACCACAAAAAUGACAACGUUAAUGGUGAAGUUUGUGAUAGAUCCAAGAACUGGUGAAUCUAUUUCGGUUGGCAAAGCUCUUGAAGAAGGUAUUCUGGAUAGUUCCCUUGAAAGAUACACUAAUCCUGUAACAGGUGAAGUUCUAACAUUAAAUGAGGCAAUAGAUCGUAAGCUUGUCAUUGCUCAGCCUGCUGCCAUUGAAGGGUCAAGGUCAAGUUCUACAGAGAGUAUACAUAUAGAUGCUGAAGAAGAAAUUGUUGAAUCCAGUUUGACUGAAGAAAUCUCAUCAGAAACAGUGACUUUUAGUAUAAAUAGUGUAAUUGACCCAAGAACCAUGGAAAUGAUGUCAUAUGAUGAAGCAAUUAAAUAUGGUGUUCUUGAUAUAAACAAGGGAACAUAUAGGAACCCAAUGACUGGAGAAACUACACCUAUUACUGUAGCACUUGAAAAAGGAUUAAUUCAUGGUGAAGUUACCUGUAAAACUAGAGAGGAUGAUUUAAUGCACAGUAGUGUAGACACCGGUGGAUUGUCUUUCCCUGUGAAGAAAAUUACUUCUGUUGUUGAUCAGAGAGAUAAUAAUGAUAUUUCUCUAGACAAAGCUAUAAAAGAUGGAAUUAUAGACAUUGAAAAAGGAACUUAUUUUGAUGUUAAUACCAUCCAGAAUAUUCCAUUAGAACUCGCUCUCAAAAAGGGUUAUAUCAAACUUUCCAAAGCGACCGAUGCAGCUGAUAUUGAAAGAAUGAGAAAAGAAUCUGAGAGGAAAGAAUCUGAACGUGAAAAAAGACAUAUGUCAACAGAAAAUGGCUUAGAUACACAGGUUGAUAUGAAAAUGGAAAAAUUUGGUGUCACUAGUGAUAGUAAAGAAGAGAGUGUAUUUGCUGAUGAAGUUUUAAACUACAGAACUGAUAUUGAAAACCAUGCCGAUGAUAAAGAUGGUCGGGCACCAAUGGAAUUUCAUCAGCAACAAGGUGUUCGUACAUGGAAACAAAAAGAAAUGGCUGUAGUUGGCAAUAUUCCUGAGCCAGACAGUCCAAGAUCUGAAUCGCCUAUGGAACUUGAACACUUUGAAUUAACAGACGGAAUGUCUUUCCAGUCAGCAUUGAAACUUGGUCUUAUUGAUGUAAAAACAGGAAAAAUAAGAGAUCCAGAGACAGGUAGAUUUAUAUCUAUUAAUGAAGCAAUUGACAAAGACAUUAUUGAUCCAAAUAAACAUGCAAUGGUUGAUAUUCUUACUGGGAAAGAAUUGACAUUAAAACAAUGUAUGGAUAAGGGUGUUAUUGAUCCAAGAACUGGCAAAAUUAAUGAAAAGAAAGCAAAAGCAGAGAAAGUACAUCUGAGACCUGACGUUGAUGUUAAACAAACUAAAGGAACACCAUUGAACUUGUUAGACUGUGUAGCUUCAGGUUUAUAUGACUCUGAUACUGGUAUGUUUACAGAUCCGAAAACACAGAGAUCUUACACUCUGAGGGAAGCUAUUGCUCAAAACAUAGUAGAUGGAAAUUUAGUUUCAAUUCUUGAUCAGCAAACAGGUGAAAAAAUACCACUAGUUUCAGCAGUACGCCAAGAUCUAAUUGAUGGAGUAACUGCUGAAGUGAUAGUUUCCGAUAAAGAUGACCGAGUAUCUCUGUUACAAGCAAUACAACAAGGUCUUGUUGAAAAUAUGUUUGAUAAAGAAUCUGGUAUGUUGUAUGAUACAUUAACAGGCAAUGUUGUAAGUUUAGACAAAGCUCUUACUGAUGGUCAAAUAAGAUCAGAUGAAGCUAAAGUGAUAGACUCAAGUACAGGUGAAAUAGUAUCGCUCGAUGCUGCUAUGAGAAAAGGACUUGUAGAUGUAAGAACUGGGGCCGUUACUGACAAAGUAACUGGAAAGAAAAUGUCUCCACAAGAGGCUUUGAAAUUGGGAUUGCUGGCCGUAGUUGGUGCACCAGUACUUGCCGGUAAAGCAGUAUAUGAUGCCAUUAAAGAUCAGACUGAAAAAAGUCAAAGUCUUAAAUCACCACUUCAGAAAUCUCCUACAAGACUGAAGUCAGAUUCUGACAGCCCAAGAUCUCCACUGAGAAUUAAGUCUGAGACUGGUAGCCCUGUACAGCAAAGUCCUCCAAGACAUGUGAAUGGACAGACACCUAUGAAUGGCGAUGUAUAUCUUCCACAUACUGAGAAUUUCCAAGAACAAAUGAUGCAACCAAGGACAACAAUAGUGUAUGCUAAACCAGGUGACAUCAUUAGACCUUCACCACCGCAGCAGUUGUUCUCCGAAGUAUCACCUAGUGCUGAUGAGUACCACCCUGCAGACAGAUAUACUGGGCUUGCUAACAGUGAUAUUGUCCCUGGUGAACUACUAACAUCAACAACUACAAUCAAAGAAACAAGAGAAGAAACACUGAAUUUGCCAUCAACUUUAAAAGCCAAAGAUGUUAUUAUUGAUUGGUCAGCUGGGAAAGUUAUAAAAAGAGCUACAGGUGAGGUAAUGAGUGUGGCAGAAGCUGUACAGAAAGGCUUCAUUAAUUCUGAGACUGUGGAAAAGCUUGCAGAAACCGGCAUCAAGGAACGACCGGAUAUAGAUAUCGACUGGGAGAAGGGAACCAUUCAAGAUAAAGAAAGUAAAGUAACAAUGUCAAUUGAUGAAGCUGUUACACAACAAUAUAUUGAAAAAGACACAGGUGAUGUUCUGAAACUUAUAUGUGGAGAAUGGAAAGAAACUGAAGUUAGCCUGAAACAAGGAGGAGAUACACUAAUCACAAAACUAACAUCUGAUAUAAGAAAGGAAGAUGAAGAAGUCCAAUCUUCCAAAACCACUAAAUUAGUUUCAAGUUCGCCAGUUAGUGCAAGUACACCAAGAAAGAAAAUUAUGACUUUGAAUGAAUGCAUGAGAUCAGAAACAUUUGAUGCUUCCAGAUUUAUAGAAUCAAUUCAAACAGGUUCCUUAAACACUGAUGAAUCAUAUUUGGUGAAUCCACAAAGUGGACAAGUAAUCACACUUACUGAAGCAAUCCAGACAAAUGUAUUUGAUAUUAACACAGGGCACAUUGUAAAUAUUGACACUGAAGAAAGAUACAGUCUCAACGAAGCUUACAUUCAAGGUUUUAUCCCACCUCCAGGAGAGAGUAUUACAAGAACAAUGCAAUCAGGCUUCGUAACAAACCAUUUCCAAUACCUUGAUGAUCAAUCUGACAAACAUAUUCACACUGCUAUACAAACUAAUUUAAAAACAUCUUUAACUGAGCCAAUGGAAAAGCCAAAGGGUAUGACAUUUAGACAAGCUGUAGAAAGUGGCCUUGUUGAUGAAGAUGCUGGAACCUUUUGUAAUCCAAUGAAUGGUGAUAUUAUGUCAAUUGCAAUGGCAAUAGAAUAUGGUUGGAUUUCUGAAUCUGGAGAAACUGUUAGAAUUGCACCAGAAAGAAAGUAUGAGAAAACAAUAGUAGUAAACCAAACGGCACCUUCAGAUGAAUUGAAAAGAUUAUCAUUUACACAAGCUUUGGACCAAGGGUUUAUUGACCUAGGCAAAAGCCAGUACACUGAGCCAACUACGGGGAAUAGAAUGUCUAUUCUAGAUGCCAUAAGAGGUCAGAUAUUGGAUACAACAACGGAAGAAGAAACUUUUGUUACAGAAAAUAUGACUUUGAAUUCAGCUUUAGAGUCUGGGGCAUUUGAUGAAACAACUGGUUUGUUUACAGAAACAAAAACUGGCCAGAAACUCACUCUUGCUGAAGCAUUGACAAGAGGUCAUAUAGAUGGAGACUCAUCUAUGUAUGAUGUGGAAUCUGGUAAAAUAUACACUUUAAAUGAAGCAAUUGCAAAAGGAAAAAUAGACGCUGUAACAGGUCAGUACAUAGAAACAUCCUCAAAGAAAAGUUCACUGAAGACCGCAGCGAAGAAAGGUUUUAUUGCUUUAAUAGGAGCACCUUACCUUGCUGUCAAAGCUGCAACAGGAAAAAGAACUUCACCUGAUGAUUCUGUAGAUAUGAGCACUUUGAAAAGAAAAGAUAAGUCUGAAACUAGAGAUGGGAAGAAAUGUACUACAAUGGAUGAACCAGUAACAAUUGAAGCUACAAAGUUCAGUGUUCUAGGUCCAACAACUCUUGAAGUUACUCAGGUCAGAGAGUUAACGUCUGUAACUGCUAAAGACUCGGACAUGAUGAACUUCAUGGAAGCUGUUUCCAGUGGAUAUUUGAACCCAGAUACUGGCAUGUUCCAAAAUCCAGAUACUGGCUUGUACAUGAAUUUACAAAAAGCUGUGCAAGCUGGACAUAUUCAUCCUGAUUCUGUGAAAAUAAAAGCAAAAUCUGGGAAAUUUGUCAAUUUACAAGAGGCAUUAGAUACAGGUGCAAUAGAUAACACUGGCCACGCCCUUCAAGAUGGUGAAUACAAAAAUCUUGAAGACAUGUUACAAGAUGGUAAACUACAAGAGACAAUUCCUGAAGUACAUGCAGCAUCCAGUUUAGUGAUGAAAACCACUGACAAGAUUAAUGUUGAAUCGGUGUUAGACCCUAGGAAUAACAUUCUUUGUAGUCUCAGUAUGGCCCUUGAUUCAGGUUUAAUUAAUCCACAUGAUGGUACAUACACAAACCCCAAAACUGGAGAAGUGCUAAAUAUAUUGGAAGCUGUAAAUUUUGGAUACAUCCAGGGUCAAGUUAUUGACAGCAUUACAAUGAAGGAAGGGUUAUCAAAAGAAGGCUUUAAUGCAGAAGUGACAUUUUCUGAAAAGAAAAAGGUUAAAGUAGCAGCUGUAUUAGAUACAGAAACAGGAGAUAAACUGUCACUGCAUGAAGCAAUAAGAAAAGGAAUAAUUGAUGAGUCGGAAGGAAAGUAUAGAGAUGUGAAAACGGGUCAAAGUAUGGCAAUUCUUGAUGCUAUGGACCAGAAUUAUGUGACUGCUAGUGAAAUUGAUGCUAAUAUGGAAACAUCAGAGAGUUACAGGAAAACGUCAGAGAAUACUUUCACUCAGACAAAGUCUUUAGAUAUCACAACUGUAAUUGACCCAUAUACAAAUGAAGAGAUGUCGAUUCCCUUAGCUGUAGAAAAAGGGGUCUUAAAUAUUGAAGCUGGUAUCUUAAGAAAUACAAGAACUGGAACUGAAAUGACAAUAUCUGAUGCCAUAAAGAAAGGAUAUGUGAAAGGGUCACAGACUUCUAGAAAAAGUGGAAUCUUUUCUGACACUUUGCCCAAACGGUAUGUGCAUGAAAAAGAAACUGUUCAUCUGAAAUCUGUAUAUGAUCAAGAUCAAGGGAGAUUUAUACCUGUUAAACAAGCCAUCCAGAAGGGGAUUAUUGACGAAACUAUGGGUUUAUACAUAUUAGAAGAUGGUUCUACAAUGCCAAUUAGUAGGGCUAUUGAUGAAAGACUUAUACAGGUUGGUGAUAGUGAUUCCCACGGUGAUGAGCCUGGGUUUAUCCAGGAAAAGAAGUCUUACACGAUCCAAACGGUACUUGAUCCUUCCACAGGUAAAAGAAUAACACCAUCAGUAGCAAUAGAUAAAGGGUUACUUAAUCUAUCUGCAGGGAUUUUUUAUAACUCUGUGACUAGGGAAGAACUCACCAUUCCUGAAGCUGUAAGCAGAGGCUAUGUUGAGGCAGAUACAACUUCUCAUCUUUCACCAUCAAUGCCAGUUUUGAAACCUACAAGUGUUCAAGUGGAAAUGGGCAGAAAAUCAUUUACUGUGAAGUCAGUUUUGGACCCUAGAACAAAAGAAGAAAUGUCUGUAACAGAAGCUGUGUCACAAGGUGUUUUAGACCAAUCUAUGUGUAAGUACCUGGAUAAAAGGACAGGGCAGACGCUUUCGCUAAGAGAUGCAAUACAGAGAGGACUUGUUAUUUGUGAAGAGGUAAAAGAUUUUCCCAUUAAGACAGAUGUUUAUAUGGAAAGUAUAACAGUGAAAUCAAUCAUAGACCCUUUAAGUGGAAAGGAGUAUGGAUUGCAAAAAGCUGUGCAAAAAGGUUUAUUUGAUCCAGAUAGAGGUUUAGUACAUAACAGACUGUCUGACAAGAUGAUAACAUUAGAUGAUGCUGUUAAGUUAGGUUUGGCAAGAGUAGAACAACGGUCAGGAGUAACAGAAGAGGAGAUUGUGAAAGGAAUAAUUGUUGAGAAGGUUAUAGAUCCAAUGACAGGACAGGAUCUUACUGUAAAUGAAGCAAAAAGGAGAGGAAUUCUUGAUUCUGAUUCCGGUCAUUAUGUUGAUCACAAAACCCACACAAAAAUAAGUGUGGAGGAGGCACUUGAAACUGAAUUAAUCAAAGGUAGAAAAACAUAUGGAUCUACAGGAAAAUUGGAAAGAGACAAGAAAGAUCAAAAGCAGAUAGUAAUAUCACAAGUUUUGGACACUAGAACUGGAGCCGAGGUUACUGUAGAUGAAGCAGUACGUAAAGGACUCAUUAACAAAGAAGUAACUACAUAUAUUGAUCCAAGGACUGGUAAGAAGUUUCUGAUAGAAGAUGCAAUGAAAAAAGGUCUUGUUUCUGGUACAGUCUCUGUAACUGAAGCAUCAAAGACUAAAGUCAGCUCACCAACAACAAGUAUAACCUAUGAUAUAGUAAGUGUUACUAAUACAGCCACUCGGGAGAAAAUGACUGUUACUAAGGCAAUGAAGGAAGGUAUCUUGGCACCAUCUGGAAUGUUUGUUGAUACAAAGAGUGGUAGAGUGAUGCCUGUGUCAGAUGCUAUUAGAGAAGGUUUAGUUGAUACAAAAAUACAAGAAGACAAAAAGAAACACCACAAGUAUGAUAAGUUUUAUAAAAUAGUUGCACCAGGUACAGAACUCCAUGUCAUAACAUUCACACAAGCAUUAAAAAACAAUUUCAUCAAUGGUGUUGAAGGAACAUUUACAAAUCCUUUCAAUGGUAAAUAUAUGUCAGUUGAUGAGGCAAUUCUUUCAGAAGUUCUAGUGUCAGAUGAAGGAAAACCAUUCAAAUACAAAGCACCAAAGAAAGGGGAUACAAGCUGCUCAUUUCAAAAUGCGUUUAAAAGUGGACUUAUUGAUCUACAAACUGGACUGUUCUGGGAUGCUAAAAAAGGAAAAUCAUAUGAAGUUGAGGAAGCAUUAAAGAAAGGAACUCUAUGUCCAUUGUCUACUUCUACUUUAAAUAGUGAAAAUCUAGUUCUGCAUGGAGCAGGAGAACAUGAAAAGCCUAUACAACAAUUAAAAACUGUUACUGAACAUAAUACAGAAAUAAAGCCUAUAUAUAAAGAAUCAGUUGAACAUAAUGCAGAAAUUAAGCCUAUAUAUAAGGAAUCAAGUGAGACAGAAAAAGUUAUUGUGAUAAAACAUGAUUCACCUUCGCCAAUAAAUGAGGAGGCCGGUAUGGUUGAUAUAGCUACAGUCUUAGACACUGCCUCUGGGGAAAAAUUAAAUGUUUCUAAGGCAAUGAAAAGGGGUAUUCUUGCACCGUCUGGAAUGUUUGUUGAUACAAAAAAUGGACGAGUCAUGCCUGUUACAGAAGCCAUUGAAGAAGGGUUUGUUGAAACAGAGAAAGGAGAUAAGAAAAAGCAUCACAAACAUGAUAAGUUUUAUAAUAUUGUUGCACCAGGCACGGAACUCCAUGUCAUAACAUUCACACAAGCAUUGAAAAACAAUUUCAUCAAUGGUGUUGAAGGAACAUUUACAAAUCCUUUCAAUGGUAAAUAUAUGUCAGUUGAUGAGGCAAUUCUGUCAGAAGUUCUAGUAUCUGAUGAAGGAAAACCAUUCAAAUACAAGGCACCAAAGAAAGAUAGAGUAAGUUAUACUUUUCAACAAGCAUUUAAAAGUGGACUUAUUGAUCCACACACAGGGCUUUUUUGGGAUGUAAAGAAAGGAAAAUCAUAUGAAGUAGAGGAAGCAUUGAAGAAAGGAUAUCUCUCUCCACUUACAAAUUCACCAGGAGAUGUUGGUGGGUCUGUCUUUAUCGUUAAAGGUGGUAUUGUUAAACCUUUAACUACAUCCCAAAUUGUAAUUGAAGAAGAAUUGGCAGCUUCACCCUGUGGAAAAGAAAGAAAUGUGUACAAAAUGGAAACUGCUAUGGAAGGAAAUGUAGUUACAUCAAUUACUACAAAAGAAGAUCUAGAUAUGGUUGAUACAGCUAUAAACGGGCAUUAUAAUCAAUUAGAAAACAACACGGAACCAAUACUUUAUCGCUCCUCAAGUCCUGAUGCUCUCGACAAGUUAACUAUUGAAAAGCAUUCUCUAAUGGAUGAAUCAGAAACAUCUGAUAUGCCUAUUACCCUGACGGAAGCUAUAACUGCUGGCCUUGUAGAUAACACAACUGGAGAAUACAUAGAUCCUGGUACAGGUGAUGUACUGUCUGUAGAUGAAGCAGUGAUUUGUGGAUUUUUAGAAAUGGAUAGACCAGAACAUACUUCAAAUGUAAUGGUUGAAGAAAAUAUUAAGUCACCAAUAUCCAUAACAGAGGCAUUAGCUGAGGGAAGUAUUGACACAGAAACAGGAAGAUUUACUUGUCCAUCUGGUGAUAAAAUAUCUCUUCAAAAAGCUAUACAGUUUGGAUAUGUUCAAGCCAAAUUGUCUGAUGAUGAUAAUGAUGAUGCAGAUGAUGAGGAAAGUGAAAUGGAUACAAGUCCUUCAAAACAGCCAGUUGACCAAUAUGUUACCAUUUCAAUAGGAGCACCAUUUUCACCUAAGCACAAAGAAGUAUUCAGAGAAGGAAAGAUGAUAUCUAAAACUGCAACAGAAGUUGUUGUUUCUGAAGGAUCUACUUCCUACAUUACCAGACCUGGAUUUUUCAUUGACUCCACUGGAAAGGUUGUUAAUUCAGUCACUGGUGAAAGGAUGUCCAUUCAAGAUGCAAUGCUUAGUGGGAUAGCAGACAUAGAAGCCACAGAAGGCAGUGGGCAAGUGAAAUUGGUUGGCUCUCACUUUGUGCCCCCAAGCUUGGAUGUGGUAGAUACUGAGUCUGUGAAUAUUUCCCAGUCUGUCUCCUUGGCAUUAUUAGAUGUCAUUGACCCUCAGUUCUUGAAGGGCAAUUCUCAGUUGCUAGGUGAUGGUUCAUCUGUUCCUGGUGAUGGCAAGGACACUUUAAUAUCUGUAAAUUCUUUAGAUCAAAGUUUUGAUUCAUGUGAUGGUGUUAAGUCUUUAAAACCAGUUUCAGAUCUUGACACAAGCUUUACUGAUUCCGUUAAUUCCAUUCCUGUUAAAAAUAAAGUUCUUAAAGUCGCAAAUGGAUGCGAAAUAAACUUAGGGAAGUAUAUGUUACCUGGACAUUCUGAUUCAGACUCUGAUGAUGACAGUAAAAAAAUAGAUUUUACAAAAACUGAAGUUGUAAUGUACACUGAGAGCUUAGUGGAAGAAUUUUGGGAUAGUUCAAAAGAAAAAUGGAUUCAUCCAAGAACUGGUCAAUUCAUACAUAUGCAAGAAGCUAUUGAUUGUGGUAUACUCUGUCCAGAGGUCAUACAGGUUAAACAGGCCAAUGGUCAAACAUUAAAUUUACAGAAAGCUAUAAACUCCGGACAAAUUAAUGUCCAUACUGGUAAAACUAUCAAUUUAAAGACUGCUCUCACCUGGCCAUUUCAUGUUGCUAUUGCUAAAGGUCUUAUUAAGAUAAAUGACAAUGAACCUAUGGAAAAAUGUGACAUGUACACUGAGCUUGGACCUGGACUUGUCACACUAAUAGCGCGUAAAGAAGUACUUAGGGAUACCAAAGUCUUAGAUAAAAGACUUGACCAGUGGAAAGACAUUCCAAAAUCAGUAGAUGCCUUCAUAUUUGAUACAGAAUGGGGAAAAGUAAAAGAUAAUAUGACUGGUAAAUGGUUAUCAUGGGAUGAAGCCAAACUAGCAGGAUUAAGUCUUGAUCCAAGAGUUGGUGAGCAAAGCUCUGUUUCGGAAGAAGAAAUUAUUCAGUUGUCAGAGGUAGACAAACAUAUUGUGAAUUUGACUGAAAUGGUGGAUGAGAAAGGGUCGAAAGAAUAUGGAGGUCAUAUACUAUUUAAUCAAAACCCAUCUAAAACUGUAACAAGUCGUAGACCGUCUGUUGAUUUUAAUGAAAAACAAUUGCCCAAAAUAGCACAAAGAAGAUGUAGCUUAGCUACUGAGACAAAAGCUCAAACUGCCACCUUUCCAAUCAUGUUAGAUGAAGCAAUCAAGCAAAAGCUGUAUAACCCAGUGACAAAUAAACUCCAUAAUCCAUCAACCAAUGCUGAUGUUCCAUUGGAAAUUGCCCUACAGAAAGGACUUAUUAAUCCAGAGUCAUUAAUUAGAGAUCCUGUUAGUAGAGAUAUUCUGUCACUCCAUGAGGCAAUUGAUAAGAGAAUUAUUGAUUUAGAAUCUGGGAAAAUGAUUGAUGCAAAUGAACAAGCAAUAGCAUUAAAUUUUGCUUUUAACACUGGACUUAUUAUGAGGUCGCAGUCCCCUUUAAAGUUGUCAAUGUCAGAAAUAUUAGAUGAAGGUUUGUUUGAUGAAGAAUUAGGGACAUUUUUAAAUCCGGAUACAAAUCAAGAAAUAACAUUUGGAGAAGCGGUGAAUACUGGGUUGUUAGAUAAAGAACUGGUUAGAGUAAGAAAUACUGAAACAGGGAAAGUUGUUAAGUUUGAUGAAGCUUUAGAAAAUGGUUUAAUUUAUUUUGACUCUGGCAUAUGUGUUGACAUUGCAAAUAAAGAAAAGAUUCAAAUUCCAGAUAGUAUAGAAAGGGGCGUUCUUAUAGACAUAGCUAAUCAGCCUAAAAUGAGCUUGCAAAAUGCUAUUGAAGAAGAAGUUUUUCAAUUUGCAUCAGGUACAUUUCGUGAUAAUGAUUUGGGUAUAGAUGUCUGCUUAGGUGAUGCGAUAGAAAGUGGGCUUUUAGAUUCUGACUCAGUACUAGUCAGAGAUCCAAAGUCAUUGACUGUUUUGACUAUUGAUGCAGCAAUGGCAGAAGGCAUAGUAAAUCCAGUGACUGGCUGGUAUUCAAAUAAUUGUAUAGAAAUGGGGUUUGGUGAUGCAGUUGAAAAAGGACUGGUUCUUUAUAAUGCCUCACAUGGUGUUUUGCCAUGUAGUGUCCUAGAGGCUAUCAGAUUUAAUAUAUAUGAUCCCAAAGGUAGAACUUUUAUUGAUCCAAAAACUGGUGAAGUUCUCACCCUAGAAAAAGCUAUAGAAACAAAUUUAAUUGAUCCCAGAAGGACUAUGGUCAAAGACACAUCUACUGGUCGAUUCUUAUCAUUAACAAAUGCAGAAUAUUUAGGGUUAGUUGAUAUGAAAAGAUCUGAAAUAACAAAUUUGAAAGAAAAUGAACAAUUUGAGCUCAAGAUAGCAAAGGAGACUGGUCUUCUUAGACGUUCUGCUAGUGAAGAAUGUCUCACUUUGAAAACUGCAAUAAAAAAGGGUUUAGUUGACGAGAGUGGUAAAGUACAGGACACUCUAUCAAAAAAGAAAAUCAAUCUACCUGACGCAAUAUUAGUUAGAAUCAUAGACCAUACUCCAACACUGGUUAAAGAUGUUAAAAAGGACAGUUUUAUCCCCCUACUUGAUGCUAUUAAAAAGGGUCUUAUUGAUGGGGAAUCAGGUACAUUUAUUGAUACAGAAACUAACAAAACAAUGACUUUACUGGAUGCAACUGAAACUGGCAAUAUUAUUGAAGUCCCUGCCCCAGGUUUAACACUUGCCGAAAUUGUCCAACAUGGACUAUAUAAGGAAGAUAUAGGUCGUUUUCUGGAUGUGAGAACUGGAAAGAUGAUUAACUUACAAGAAGGAAUUGAACAAAAGUUAAUUGAUCCAAGCAGACCACAGGUUGUUGUCCCUGGAUUAGGAUUGUUUACAUUGAAAGAAGCAUUUGAAUAUGGAUACUUAGAUGAUACAUUAGGUUCUUACAUAGUGGGAGGUAGAGCUAUUUCCCUCACUGAAGCAGUUGACAAAUUUUUGGUUGUUACGGUAGGAAGUAAGAGAAGGAAUAAAUCAAUGUCUGAAUCAUAUUGUGAAGAUACUGAGGAUGGUAAAACUUGGAAUGAUUUACUUGUCAAACAUCCAAGUGAUAGAGUGUUCAUGUCGGUUGAAGAGGCAGUAGAUCAUGGCUAUAUUGACAUACAAACAGAGUCAUUCUGCGAUCCAAAUACAGGAAUGGUUAUACCAGUAAAUGAUGCAAUCAAAAGGGGAGAAAUUGUUGAUGCUAGGAACCCUAAAUUUGGAUUAGCUUCUGCAUUUAGUCAUGGAAUAUUUGAUCCAAUUAAUAGCACUAUUUUAGAUCCCAGAAAUGAUAAAGAAAUAUCUUUAAAUGAAGCCAUUAAGUCUGGUCUGAUUGAUACUUGUAGAACAAGAGUAAAAGAUUUGGAAACAGGUCAUUUUAUUCCGUUAAAACAAGCAUUAAAGAAAGGUAUUGUUAGUAGUAAGACCGGGUCACUUCUUGAGAAGAGACAGAAGAAGUCUUUUCCAGUAGAGUUUGCUGUAAGGGAAAAGAUGAUAGUUGACUUUACGAAAUCAAACUUUACAGUACCAGAAGGUAUUGAAUUUGGCAUGAUAACACAUGAUGGUUUAAUGGUUGAAGACUUAAACUCUGGUAACUAUCUCUCAUUUGAUGAUGCAGUUGAUAGAGGUAUUAUUGACAUCCAUAACACAUCAGUCAAGCAAACGGAGGAUGCAAGAGAAAUAACGUUAGCUGAGGCCAUUGAGCAAAAUGUAGUGGAUGAAAAUAGGGGUCAAUUAAAAUUGAAAACUGGAAGAAGAAUGUCACUUGCAGAGGCUGUCUCUAAAAGUUAUAUUCAGGAGCGAAAAGAAGUUGAAUUCUUCAUAGAUAGUGAGAGUGAACUAACAAUGGAGGGAAGCUUGACUGUGCCAUCAGAACCAGAGACAGAAAUAUCUUUAAAUAGGGUAUUAAGUGCAUUGUAUAAAGCAGACUCUGUAAGUAGUUUCGGUGAAAGUAGAAGUGAUUCUGUAAGCAGUCCAAUUAGGUUUGAUGAAGCACUAAAGUUUGGAUUCCUUGAUCUUGAAAAUGGGGAAUUUACUGAUUAUCUCACAGACCGUAAAAUGAGUAUAUCACAAGCAGUAGAGGAGGGCAGAUUGAGUGUAAAGAAAGUUACAUUUUAUGAUGAAGAUAAUAAAUUGACAGUACCAUUAAAGUUUGCAUUAGAAAAGAACUUAUUAUUUCAAGCUUCAAAAAAUGAUGAUAAAGUCAGUGGAUUCAAUGGUUUACAGAACAAAAAAGGAAUUACAUUCCAGGAUGCAUUAAAUAGGGGUUUGUUAAUGAUGCAGACAACAGUGCAAAAUAAUGUUGACUUUGAUGCAUUAAGUGUUAAAAGCGACACUUUUUCUGAAAUGGUUGUUAAGAAUAAACAGUUAGACUGGUUGUCUUCCACCAAAGCUGUUUCAUCAUCUCUUGAUUCAUUAAUCCAGAAUGUUAAAGAAGACCAGUCUGGGUUUAGAGUUGGAAGUUUAUUUGAUGCCAUUGAAAAAGGGCUGUAUGAUAAGAAGAGAGGCUUAAUAACUGAUAAUUUCUCUAAUAAGUCAAUGAAAAUAAAGGAAGCUGUAGAUUCAGGGCUUAUUAAUUCAAAAGCUAAGGAAAUUGUUGAUCCAAGAUCAGGUGAACGUAUAAGCCUUGAAGAAGCAGUAGAACAGAAUAUUAUAGAUGCUGACAAGGGAAUGUACAAAAACCCAAUAACAAACAUUGAAGUGUCCUUAGAAUCUGCCAAAGAUGCAGAAUUUAUUGUCAAAAGUGAAGAUCUUUUACAUUCCAAAAGCUCAGUAGAAAUAUAUGUAGAAGAAAUUUUAUCAAAUGAAGAGACAAGAGGCAAAAACAAGUUACAAGAUGCCUUUUCUACUGGUGUUUUGAAUAGAUCUAAGUCACAAGUGAUUGACCCAGAUACUGUGAAGCCAAUUACUAUUAGAAGAGCUGGAAGCUUGGGCAUGAUUGAUGUGAAAACUGGAGAAUUUAAAAACCAUCAAACUGGGGAGUCUUGCUCAUUAGCUGAUGCUGUGCAAAAAGGGUACAUACUGAGUCCAAAGGGUUUAAGUCUUUAUAGUGCUGUAAAUCAGGGCCUAUAUUGCGAAGAAAAGGGACUAUUCAAAGAUCCUGGAUCAGGAAAGGAGUUAACUCUUUCUGAAAUGAUAAAUAAUGAUAUAAUCACUGAUGGAUGUAUGGAAAUAAGGGAUAUUUCUCAUGAAGGAUCUCUUGUGAAAAUGAAAGAAGCAAUAAAAAGAGGUAUAAUUGAUGCUGAAAAGGGAGAAUAUGUCUCUAAAAAUUUGAAAUUGAAUUUCAAGGAGGCUAUGUCAGCAGGAUUAAUUAUAAGUAAUAUUCCAAGGGAGGGUCUGCGUGAAAGUAGUAACAACGUUCAAACAUUGAUUGGAACUAAACCAGAUCAGAUUUGGAAAGAAAGAAUACCACACAGAGAAAUGCUCAAAGAUGGCCCUGUUGUUAAUUGUCUUGCUAAGGGUGUGAAGAAAUCUGAAGACAAGGUAACUAGCUCAACAUCUAGCAUGGAAACCAACUCUUCUGGAUAUGAGACAAAUGUUUCUCAACCAUUGAACUACCAGGAAGAUGAUUUGAAAUUUGCAGUUGAAAUAGAUCAGUUGAAGUCCAAACAAGUUUAUCUUGAUGUCAAAGAUGACGUUAUUACAGAUCUUACUAAGCCUAAAGAAGAAAACUUUUCAGUAAAAAUAAACAAAAAUGAGGUAAAUGAAAUGAAAAAUGGUGAAAGUCCACCAUGUACUGAAAACAGUGAUAACAAAAACUUAAACAAACUUGUAGCUAAAAAGUCAAAAGUACUAAAAGAUAUUGAAAGUAAACAUAAUGCUAAUGAGACAAUGCCAAAAGAUUCAGACACAUUGAAAAAUAGUGAACAAUCUGAACAUCUACAAACACCAACAGAACUAAGCAAUUUCCCAAAUGAUUCUGACAAACUUAGUAAAGAAAGUAAUGUACAAAAUGAGAAAUAUAGCAAAGGCAAGGACAAUUCUAAUAAAGAUAAGGAAAAUGCUAUUAAAGAUCGGGCAGAAGAUGAUAUAAUAGAAAACAUCAAUAAUUUUCAUGAUAACAACAAGUCUGAGACUGACAAAUUAAUAAGAAAUCUUAAAAUAUCACAAGUUUGUAAUGUAGAUCAGGAAAUGAACUUGCCAUCACCAGUCCAAGGUCUUAAAUCAGUUGUCUCCCCUGUGAGGUCUACAGAGUUCACCUUCCAUGCUGGUCUCCCACAGUCUGUGAUUGAAGAACGCCAGCAACUGUCUGACUCGUAUGACAAGUUGGUACAAGAUCUGCACAAUGAACUCAACUGGGUGUCCGAUGUUGAACAACUACUUAAAGAUGACCAGCCAGUCAGUGAAGAGGCAUACAAAGCACAAAGUCAGAGAGAAGCUUUGAAGGCACUUCAUGAUGAUGUAUUACAACAUCAGCAGCCAAUCAGAUCACUUGUUUAUCAGUCCGAGCAGCUGGUUGAACACCAUCAAGAGGAGCUAACUCCAGAACAAGUUACAGAGUUACAGAACCUUGAAUCCCAGAUCAAAACUGCAUUUGCAAAGGUACAAAAAACAUGUGAAUCUCGUGUAAAACAUCUUUCGGCUGCCACAGAUGAGCUCACAAAGUUUGAAACAGAGUUACACAAAUUUAACAAAUGGCUCGAGGUAACAGAGAAAGAGCUAGAGAGACAAACAGAAGCAGUUGAGGUGUUUGACAACAUCAGUCGUGUGAAGGAACAACAUAAGGACUUACAGUCUGAUAUUGUUGCCCAUGCUGCUGACUUACGAUAUCUGUCUUAUCCAGUGAAAAACUACAUGGAAGAAUCAAAGGCACAUAAACUUGAACUUGAUGCUUACAAAGCUGACAGACAGAAGCCAAGUAGAUUGAGUAGAACAAGUUGGAUUGCUAUGGAUAACAAGGAGGUUGAAGUAGUGCUUGAGAAACAGAAGGAGGCUGACAAAGAAUAUCAUGAUCUCAAAGCUAAGUGCAAUAAGUUUGGUGACAAGUUGUCUCAUUUGGUCAGCAAGCAGAAAGCUUUUAAUGACUCCACAUGGACAAUGUUGUCCUGGUUGACAGAUACUGAAGAGAAAUUGAGUCUAACAAGGCAAGAAGCUUCUGCACCUGAACCAGAGGCGCUAAGAGACCAUCUUGAGAAAAUGAAAACAUUGGGUAACGAUGCCAUUGCCCAUAAAAAUCAGAUGGCUGAACUUGAAAAGUGUGGUAGAGAGGUUAUAGGUCAGAUGAGAGAGUUAGGUAUAGGAGGUGAACAGGUGGAAAAAAUUCAAGAAAUUAUUAAUGAUAUUUCAGAUCGUCAUGAAAGUGUCUCAGAAGAAAUUAAUGAGCGUGCCAACGAUCUGCAAACCGCAGUCACAAAAUCUCAAGGUGUUCAGGAUGCUGUUGAUCAACUACUUACAUGGUUGAAGGAGACAGAUCGUAAACUUGAACAGCAGAAACCUGUAAGUCUGAACCAGGAUAAGUUAAAUGAACAAGCACAACAGUUAAGCAUUAUUGAAACUGAUAUAGAAAGUCAUAAGCCUAGUGUAGACUCAGUGAAACAAGCAGCUAGUGAACUCAUUAAAACAUGUGAUCUUGAUAUGGCUAAAUCUCUUGAAGGAAAGAUUAGUGAUAUUGGUUCGAAAUUUCUGGAUGUACAAAAGAAAUGUAGAGCAACCUCUAGAGAAGCUAGGGACGUUGCAGAAAAAUUGGAUAAGUUUAAUGAUAAUCUAGAUCUACUUAAAACAUGGGUUCAGGUAAAUUCUGAAGGGCUAGAAUCAUCUGAAUGGAAUAAGAGACCUAUUGAUCAGUUGAAAUUGAAGGUAGAUGGGGUAAAAAUGGAAAAAGAACGCCAGCUGCAAGCAUUGGAACAGUUACAGUCUCUUGGACAUGAGCUUGUUGAAGAUCCAAGAACAGGCGAUACUGCAGCCAUUAAAAUGGCUUUGUCUAAUAUUGAUGCAGGAUGGACAAGGUUUGAGGAAUGUCUAACCGAACGAGACUCUGAAGCAAGCUUGAAAGAAAGCAAAGAAAGUGAUUAUGAGAGAAUAAAACAGGAAGUGGUUCGUUGGUUGACUGGUAUGGAGACUGAUGUUGAUUCAUUUGAACCAGUCGCUGUUGACAUGGAUGUUGUUGCUAAACAAAUUGAAGAAUUACAGCCCAUGAUUCAAGAAUACUACGAGUUCUCACCAAAAAUGGAUGAGUUGAAUGAAGUAGGUCAGGUGUAUGAAGCCAUUCAAUCUGGAGACUCGAGACCUAAGAGCCCAAUGAGAUUCAGAAGCAGACGUAUCAGUAGUAUGAUGUCGCCACGGUUACGAAGCCCUUCACCUACAAUGGGUCAGUUUUCUUUCACCAAUGAUAUUACAAGCCCGAUGUCAGCAUCGAGUGAUUCUAGUGGUGUUGGGAGUAGAAAAAGCAGCUCUGAUUUCCUACAUUUAGACGACUUAUCAGAGACACAGCAGGAUUUGGUAGACAUGAACCAGCGGUACGAGAUGCUGGAAGAACGUCUUCUUGAUCGACAACAGGAGCUGCAAGGCAUGCUGGGAAGUGUGAAAUCUUUCUUGCAAGACUUGGCCGACAUUUUGAGCUGGUUGGAUGUAAAAGAGAAAGAUCUUGAAGGCUCUGUUGCUAUAGCAACCAGUGAAAAAGAAGCCAAAAGGAGGCUUAAGGAACAUGAGAGAGGCCAUGCUGAGGUGUUGAGUAAAGAGACCUUGGUUGAUGACAUCAGAAAGAAAGGCCAGGAUUUAAUGAAGCGUAAACGUGGAGUACCUGGUAUAGAUAUGGUCCAACAGCAACUUGUUGACCUAGAUGAGAAAUGGUUGGGUGUAAAGGUAUCGUCAGAACAGCAGAGAAAGUUGUUAGAGGAUAUUGUAGCUGACCUGAAGACAUACAAAGAUGCCGGUGUUCAUCUACAGAAGUGGAUUGCACAGAAAGAGAAGAUGGUAGCCGUACUUGGUCCAGUGGCUACAGAACCUUCAAUGAUUAAAAACCAGCUUGAGCAAGUCAAGGUGUUACAAGAAGAACUCCGAGGCCAGGAACCACUGUACGACAAAUUCAUCCAGUCAGGAAAUGCUGUACAUGACAAAUAUCCAGAAUCUAAAGAUGCUGCUCACAUCACUGAAAAAAUGACAGCCAUUAGUAAAAUGUGGGAAAGAUUGAGUGACAAACUCUCCGAACGUGAAAAGAGCUUAAACUCGGUCGAAGGUCUCAGUCAAGAGUUCAGUGAUACUCUACAAGAUCUAAGUGGUUGGAUGUCGGACUAUAUGACCACAUUAGAUAACCUUCCACCUGUCACUACAACUCCAGAAAAACAUGUAGAGCAUUUGAGAGAAAUAAAGGAACUAGAAGCAGAAAGAAAGAGGCAGAUACCAUUGUUGGAGAAAACCAAAGAACUUGCUAAGAAACUUAGUGACAACACCAAAGAUGCCAACACAAAAUUUGAAAUAAAAAAUAAAAUCGCCAGUGUAGAGAAACCAAUGGUUGAGGCAGAGAAGAAGUUGCAGAUGAGGAGUAAUGAGGUGUCUAAGAUGAGCGAGCAGGGCGACAAGUUCCGAGGCUCAUGCCAGGACCUCAUGGCUCUUCUAGAAGACCUUAAAGACAAACAAGCACAUAUGGAGCCCCUGUCUGGUGAUGCCAACAUCCUGAAGAAACAGGCACAACAAAAUAAGGACUUCUUGAGAGAUUUGAACAACUUGGCACCAGAAAUCAAAGAUGUUGCUGACAAAGCAAAGCAGUUUGGAUCCAGCUCCUCCCCUGCCAUGAAAUCAUUGGUUGAUACUGUGAAAACCAUUCAGGAUCAAUGGGAGGGGCUAAGAGAUGCAGCCAAUGACAGGGAGGAUCAGCUUGAGACCAGUCUGAAACAUGCCCAGAAUUUCCAGGCUCAACUUGACAAGAUGGGACUGUGGUUACAGCUGACUGAGGAUAAAAUGGACGGUUUGACACCAGACACAACCGAUCAAGAUAGCGUUGCCAAGAAACUGAAGGAGGCCCAGGCUCUACGUGGAGAUGUCCUCAAAUUCUCCUAUGAUCAGGAGUUGUUGAAUCGUGAGGGGCAGUCUCUGAUGGACGCUGUUGAAAGUGAUAAAGGUUUGGUGAAAGUUAGACUGGAGGACUUAAACCAGAGAUGGGAUAAUAUAAAUGAAGGCCUAGGUGAACGCAUCCAGAGUUUGGAAGACCUUAGUGGUAAACUUACUGACUUUGAUGAAUGCACUAGAGAUUUGAACUCAACACUGAAAAAACUUGAGGACAAGCUAGAGUCCCAUAACAGACUGGGCUCGUCUGCCAAGGACCCAAAACACCAGGAUAAAAUUAGGAGUCUUCAAGAUGAUGUCAAAGCCUUGAACUCCCAGCUUGAUUAUGUGGAGGGGGUCUUGCAGGGUAUGGAUGAUGGUGAGGGUGGCCUGCCCGCUGGCAAGGUACGAGAGGUACAAAACGCAAAACAGAAACAAGCUGACCUUCAGCAUCAGUUACAGGAGUUGAUACAAGACAUGGAGGCGGGCACUCAAAUCGUGGACCAGUUCAAGGGUGCUAUUAAGAGAACUGGAUCGCAUGUGUCUCAGCUAGAAUCCGAGCUGAUGAACAUGAGUCCAGUUGCACGUGAUGAGGGUACACUGAGGAUGCAAGAACGUCAAAUUGAGGACUUUAUAUCCCGUGUUAAUGACAUCGACAACAUGCUUGAAGACCUUGAAAAUCAAUAUGAGACUCUGAAAGCAGACGGCUUUGUUACUGCAUCAGACGGUCUUAAAGGACAGCUGGAUAUAUUAAGGAACCAACAAGAACAUUUACGAGAAGUAUCGGAUGAAAGAAAAGCCGAGAUCCAGACUGUAUCCCAAGCUCUCGAAGCAGUCACAGAUAAUCUUAGAAGAAUGAGAACCAGUAUAGACCGGGCGGCAGACGAACUUGAGAUGCAUGAACCGAUUGGAAGUGACGUAAAUGCUAUAAAACGUCUACAAGAUGAACUUAAGCAAUUCCAACAUGGUGUAUUUGAUAAUUUAUCGAAACGAGUUCAGGGUGUUACAAUGGAGGCGCAGCAACUUAUCCAGGGGGCAGCACCUGGAGUGGACACAUCUAGUGUGGAGGCAGACCAAGAAAGUCUGAUGGAUAAAUGGAACAGCCUCAAUACCAAGGUUUCAGAAAGAGACCGUAACCUGGACAACGCUAUCCUCCAAUCUGGAAAAUUCAAUGAUGCAUUGAAAAAUCUCAGUGAUUGGAUGAAAGAGACAGAAGAUCUGGUAGCCAAUCAGAAAUCUCCCUCACCAGAUUAUAAAGUUGCCAAAGCACAGCUACAGGAACAAAAAUUCUUGCUUAAAAUGCUGGAUGACAGAGCACCAACUGUGAAAUCAGUGAAAGAUUCUGGGGAAAACUUACAGAAGACACUUGAAUCAAGGGAGCGUAAAGCCAUUCAGAGCCAGAUAGGGCAACUUGACAAACGCUGGGAUGAACUCAAUUACCAGGCAGGUCAGAGGUCAAAGGUACUUGAAGAUAUUAUCGGUAUUGCCCAUGAGUUCCAAGAAGUACGUGAACCACUAAUUGGCUGGUUAGACUUGGCUGAGAAAAAGUUUGCAAGCCUUGAACCAACAGCAAUGGAUACCAGUGGUAUUGAAAAUAUAAUCAAGAGUCUAGAAGACAUGGAGCAGGAAGUGAAGCAGAAGGAUGAACUCAUCAAGAAGCUUGCAGCUGUUGGCAAAGAACUCCAGAAUCACUGUAAAGGUGAUGAUGUGAAAAAUGUUCAAAGAAAAAUUGAUGAUGUUCAGUCAAGAUUUGCUGAGCUCAGCGACAAGUUAUCUGACACACUAGAGCAGAUGGAAGAAGCUCUCCCAUUGGCUAAGAAUUUCAAUGAUGCCCAUUCCAAAUUCAUUGAUUGGUUGGUAAAAAUGGAACCAAAAUCAAGGCUUAAAGAUACAAAUGAGCCUGAAGAACAAGUUAUGCAACUUCUGGAAGAGGUCAAGGCCAUUGAACCAAUUUUGGAGAUCAUGAACAAUGAUGGGAACCAGUUAGCAGAGCUCGCACCAGGUGAUGCCGGGUUCAAGGUGGAGGAUACCCUUGCUAAAAAUCUGAAGAGAUUUGAAGCCGUGAACGAGGCCAUUCAGAACAAGGCAGAUAAAUAUAGAGCCUCAAAACUGAAAAAUGCUGAGGUUAUGUGUACAAUAGAAGAUCUACAAGAGUGGUUUGAGGAUGAAGAAAAGGCCCUUACAGCAUGUGAACCAAUCAGCUGUGAGCCAGCAAAAUUACAGAAACAAUUAGCCAAUCAGAAGGCAAUGAAUGAUGACAUCAACGCACAAAAGGUAAAAGCCCGAGACACGAUAGCAGCCGGUAAACGUUUGAUUCGCGAGGGUUCAAUGGAUGACGAUGGAACAUUCAAUAAUAAGAUGGAGGCUCUAAAACAGAAGAGUGACACGGUGGCGAAGCUUGGCAGUGAUCGGUUAGUACAGCUGGAGCAGGCCAUGCCGUUGUCAAGGACGUUUGUAGAGACUCACCAGGACCUUCUGAAAUGGUUCCAAGAAGUUGAACCUGCCAUUGCCGAGUUAGAGGUCAUGUCCAUAAACCAGGAAACUGUUAAGAAACAACAAGAUAGGGUCAAGGUGUUAAAACAAGAUCUACAGGAUAAUAAACCACUUGUUGACAAGUUGAACAAAACCGGCCUUGCCUUGACUAAACUGUCCUUGAAACCGGAUGACAUUGAGCUGGUGCAGAAUACAAUGGAUGAUGAUAACAAGAGAGUUGAGGAGAUCCGACGUGCUGUCCGUGAUCGUUCUAUGUCCAUAGACGAGGCUCUUCAACAAUCUGCCGAGUUCACAGAUAAAUUAGAGAACAUGUUAGAGACUUUGACCACUACAGAAGAAAUGGUCACCAAUGCCCAGGCUAUAUCAGCUCAUCCAGAUAAAAUACGUGAACAAAUGGCUGAUAAUAGUACUUUGAUUGAAGACAUGCAGAUGAGAUUAUCUGCCCUUGAAUCAGUACAAAACGCAGCAGAAGAACUGAUCAAACAAGCAUCUAACUCCCAAGAUGAUGCUGUCAAAGAUGUAAAAUCUAAACUACUUGACCUUGUUAACUUGUAUGAGAAAAUCAAUGACGGGGCAAACACUCGUAACAUUGAGCUUGAAGAUACGAUUGAAGUUGCCGAUAAAUUCUGGGAUGAUCUUAACUCACUACAGCGUACCCUCAAAGACCUGUCAGACACAUUAGCCAAUCAGGAGCCUCCUGCAUUAGAGCCGUCAAUCAUCCGUGAACAACAAGAUACUCUGGAGGCACUCCGUGAUGACAUUGAAGCCAGUCAGUUUGAUCUUGAUGAAGUACAUGAGACCGGGGAACAGCUCCUUAAAUUAUGUGGGGAACCAGAUCGACCAGAAGUACAAAAACACAUUGAUGAGCUGGACAAUAACCUACUCUCUAUUACUGGAGAGUUUGAUAAAAGGUCAAGGACUUUGGAAGAAGCCCUAGAGAAAUCCAUGCACUUCCAAGAUGAACUUAUGAAAAGUCUUGUAUGGCUACAGAAACGUGAGGACAGAUUGAAGGAAUUGACCCCUGUGGCUGGAGAUUUCAACACCAUAAAAGACCAAUGGAAUGAGGUUAAGGCAUUCAAGCUGGAGGUUGACCCGAAGCAUGCUGAUAUUGAGUCCCUAAACCAGAAGGCCAAGGACCUUACAAAGGACGCGAGCCCCGACCAGUCUGUGUUUGUUAAAGAACCAGUCUCAGCUGUAAACAAGAGAUGGGAUGGUCUUUUGUCCGGAAUCAGUGACAGACAACGGGACUUACAGCUGGCCAUGUUGAAUGCUGGUCAAAUUGACCAUGCUACAACUGAGUUAUUGGCCUGGAUGGACAAAACUGACCAGACCCUUGAUGAAAAUAAACCUGUGUAUGGAGACAGGAAGCUGGUGGAAAUAGAGCUGGCCAAACAUAAGGUGCUACAAAAUGAUAUCAGUGCUCACGAACCAAGUGUGAAGUCUAUAAAAGAGGCGUGCCUUAAGUCUCUAGGUGCAGAUAGGUCAUCUACUGGUAGACGUAAACUAGAUGACCUUAAUCGACUCUGGAACACGGUACAAGAGAAGAGUCAUAGCCGUCAACAAGAACUGGAAGAGGCCCUGAAAGAGGCAAAGGGCUUUUCUGAAGAAAUGGAGAAAGUUCUGGUGCGCUUGGGACAGAUUGAGGGCAUGCUUAUUACAUCCCGCCCAGUGGGAGGUCUUCCAGAAACUGCAAGGGACCAAUUAGAGAGAUUCAUGCAUGUUCACGACGUGUCCGAGCAGGAUAUCACAAAAAUCUGCGAAGAAUAUCAGCGAGUAGGUCGCCCAAUUUCCUAUAGUGCAUCAUGGGUGAAUUGGCUGGAAGUGCAUAAUGAGCUACAGGACAUGGAACCAGUGAUUGCUAGGCUCCAGUCUGAUGGUUCCCACCUGAUACGUAAGAGCCAGGAUCCAGCAUCCUCAAAUAUCAAACAGAACAUGCAGUUACUGCAGCAGACGUGGGAACAUGUCAAGACAAGAUCUGCUGACAGAAAGGGAAAAUUAGAGCAAGCCGUAAGCCAGGCCAAUAAUUUCCAUGGUGAUCUGAAUACUUUCAUCGCAUGGUUGACCGACACUGAGAAGACGCUGAACAAUAUGAAACCAGUGAGCAGAGUUAUUGCCCAUGUCUCGGACCAGAUUAAAGAUCAGAAGACAUUACAAAAGGAUAUAGCUGUCAAUCGUGAGUCUAUGAUAAAACUUGACAAGACUGGUACCCACCUGAAAUACUUCAGCCAGAAACAAGACGUUGUUCUCAUUAAGAACUUGCUGUCGAGUGUACAGCAGCGCUGGGAGAAGAUUGUGUCACGCAGCGCAGAGAGGACACGACAUUUAGAGAGAGGCUACAAAGAAGCUGAACAGUUUAACGAGAUGUUGAAGGAUUUAAUGGGUUGGUUGAAUGAGGCAGAUCAAAUGUUGAGUACGGACCAUUCUGUAGGCAAUGAUCCCAUCAAGAUUAAAGGACAAAUUGCCAAACACAAGGAGUUCCAGAAAAGUCUUGGAGCAAAGCAACCUGUGUAUGACAAUGUAAACCGAGCAGGACGUACCUUGAAGGAGCGAUCCCCGGAGGAAGAUAUGCCUGUAUUGAAUGAAAUGUUACAUCAACUUAAAGUGAAGUGGAAUGCCAUCUGCGGAAAAUCUGUGGACAGACAAAGGAAGCUUGAAGAAGCUCUACUUUUCUCUGGUCAGUUUAAUGAUGCAUUACAAGCAUUGCUUGACUGGUUAGCUAAAGUAGAACCAGGUUUGGGUGAGGACCAGAUGGUUCACGGAGAUAUUGACACAGUCAACAAUCUCGUAGAGGAACAUAAGGCCUUCCAACAAGAGUUAGGCGCCCGGGCAAACAAUGUGUCAUUUGUACGUAAACGAGCUCGUGAGCUGUUGGAGAAAUCUGAUGAGGACACGUCACAACAACAAGCUCAGCUGAUAGAGCUAUCAACAAUGUGGGAUCGUGUCUGUAAACUCAGUGUUAACAAACAAGAGAGGCUGGAACAAGCUCAGAAACUGGCUGAAGACUUCCACAAGAAGGCACAGGGCCUGAUAGCAUGGCUAGCAUCAGCAGAACGACAACUUCGUUACAAAGGUCCGCUUCCUGACGAGGAAAGUGAGAUUAUCAAACAGAUUGAGGAACACAAAACUUUUGAGGAGGAAUUCUUACGACAAGAGGGAAUAUUGAGGGAGACCCUGAAUAUAGGACAAGAUAUCAUGAAACGAUGUCACCCGGAUGCCGUAUCUACCCUCAAACACUGGCUGUCUGUUCUAAAGGCUAGAUGGGAAGAGGUGAGCAACUGGAGCCGACAGAGAGGAACUAGGUUAAGAGAUGGCCUGGCUACACAUAGAAAGAACGCCCAGUUGUUAGAGGAGUUAAUAGCUUGGUUAAAUCACGCAGAGAAUAAACUGUUCAAUGACAACGCUGAACCUAUUCCUGACGAUGUUGACAUCAUCACACAGUUGAUGAGGGAACAUUCUGAUUUUCAAAAUGAGAUGUCAUUAAAACAACCAGAAAUUGACCAGGUUACCAAGGGUGACCGUAGACAGAGAACCGGAUCUGUGGCUGGUGAACAGGUCUCUCACAUUCCCAUGUACAAAGGUCUGUCAGGCAGACGUACACCUACUCCAGUCAAAUAUGGCACACCAAGACGUGGUCGUGAUGAUGAUGGUAGACGGACACCAGAGAUGCACUUUAGGAAUCCACGUGUAGGAGCGUUAUACAAUAAAUGGCGUCAAGUUUGGCUUUCAGCCAUGGAAAGACAAAGACGCUUGCAGGAGGCUCUUGACUACCUCAAUGAGUUGGAGAGAAUGAAAAACUUCAAAUUUGAUGACUGGAGAAAACGUUACCUCACCUGGAUGCAUCAUAACAAGUCACGAAUCAUGGACUUCUUCCGUAGACAAGAUCGUGAUCGUGAUGGGAAAGUCACGAGGGCAGAGUUCAUUGAGGGAAUUAUGAUGUCACGUUUCCAGACGACACCUAUGGAAAUGGAAGCUGUUGCUAAUAUCUUUGAUCGGGAUGGAGAUGGCUACAUAGAUUAUAAUGAGUUUGUCUCGGCACUUCGGCCCAACAGAGAUAGUGAAAAUUUAGACCAAAUCAAGCCACAGACACGAAAAACUAAAGGCACAAACAAAAAGCCGGAACCAGUCAAUGAUUCAGAACUUAUUCAUGACGAGGUUAAACGCCAAGUACACAAGUGUACCUGUGUCAAACAGUAUAGAAUACAUAAGAUAGGGGAAGGAAAAUACAGGUUUGGAGAUUCUCAGAAGUUGCGAUUGGUUCGAAUCUUGCGCAGUACAGUGAUGGUGCGUGUUGGCGGAGGUUGGAUGGCUCUUGAUGAGUUCCUGGUGAAGAAUGAUCCUUGCCGAGCACGAGAAUUAGCGAAAGGUCGCACAAAUACAGAGCUACGUGAGCAGUUCACACUAGCAAAGGGUGUGAGUCAGUCAAUGGCAGGGUUCACGUCUAAGUCUCCAAGUGGUAGUUCGUACUCGGGAAGUUCAACUUACUCUGGUGCAACAUCACCAUGGAGCGCUCGGUCGCCUAGCAACGCUAGUGGACCUGUUAUCAAGAGGAGGAAGUCUAGACCACAGUGUCUUGCUUCACAUCCUUCCCAUCCUAAAACAUACUGGGUUAGAGAAAAGACAGCAUACAGCACUCCUUGGCGUCAGAAUAUGGCUCGAUCUGGACCAGAUAGUGAGGUACGCAAUAUCAUGUCCGGUACAACACCAGAAAGCCGGAGGUUUGGUAGUGGAAGGCACAGGGAAGCCCUGUUUAGUCCAAGACAUCUACAGAGCCCUGCAACACCCGUGAGUCGUAGUUCAAGUCGUGCCAGUACUGGAAGUCGGCCAUUCAGUCCAACAGGAAGUGAAACAUCUGAAAUUAGUGAACCGGAAGUGUUCACAACUGUUCAAAGUGAAACAAGAAAUGUUGGAGGGAGAAACGAGACUACACGCACAUACCAGACUCAUGUUGUUCAAACUAGAAACAUUAACGCGCCAGCACGCUCUUCCACGAGUACGCCAACAAGAACAUCAAAAAUACCGAAAUUGACUCCAAAAAAGCGGUGAAAGAAAUUGUUUAAUAAUUCUAGCCAAUGUCUUUCAUGUGGAAUUAUUUUGUUUGCUAUGGCUUACUGAUCUUCAGUUGCAAUGUUGGUUGUUGCCGUUUACUGGCAUUUAUAUAACGUUAUAGAUGUAUAUAAUAUAUAUACACACACACGCAGACAAAAAGAGUGAUAAGGGAAAUAAGGGACAAAAAAAUCGGACUUCACAGUGAAAUAGAAAAGGAAUCAUUUUAUACGUACUUCGCUGUUGAAAUGAUUUUUGUAGUUUUUGUAUACGUGUCAUAUUUUCAUUUUAGUUUGACAGUUCAAUUAUAUCAUAAUUUCUUAAAGAGUUUUCAUUUAGUUUUCAUAAAAUUUUGGAUGUUACAGCUUUAAAACUGAUAUCACGUAAAAAGAAAAAAGAGAUUGUAAACUGAUCAUCUAACAUUCCUAGUGGAAAAAAUGUAAUAUGUAAUCUGCUUUCUCCAGUAAUUAGCAAUGUGCUUGAAACCAAUUAAAUAAGUAUUUCAAAGGGACCAAAUUAUCUCUGCUUAGUAACUGCUUUUUGAAUUGUAACACUGAAAAAAAAAAUUAGACAUAAAAAAAGUUGAAAAUACCCUAAUGAAUUUGUCGAGUAUAUUCCAAAAUGUAGUGUUGUAAAAUGUAAAUGUUUGGUGCUUUAAAAAGCUACUUACGUGGGUCCCAUGUUGCUAUUUUUCUACACAGAAGAGAAAUUUGGUGAUAUGUUUUAAUUAAAGGGAGGUAAUAAAAUUCCAUGUUUUAGGAAAAAAAAAAAGCAUGAUGUUAUUGACAUUAAAACUGGAAGAAAUGUCAACGAAGAAAUGUCAAUAAAUUUUAAACUUGCAUCAUGUAAUUAACUUGCAUCAUGUUAAGUGUUUUCGUAUUUUUUUUUGUAUUUUUUUAAUUGGAAUAUCAUUUUUAAAAAGGAAAUGAAAAUAAAAAGCAAUAUGGGACUCUAAUAAGAAUUUAACUAUUCUAUGCAUUGCUCAGUAUAUAUGAAUAUUAUUAUAUGUUGCUUCAUUCCCAGAUAUUUUUUUGUUUCUUUACAUUUUUUGUUUGUUUUUUGUACUUUUGGUCCUGGCACCCUUGAUUGUUUUAUGGUCAGAUAUUUUUCAUAUCUUUAAUUGAAUGUUGGAUGGUUGUGCUUGAUUUUGUAUGAUGAAAAAGAUUUUAUUAUGUGUACUGACUUGGCAUAUAUUUGAGGUGGGGUUUAGUGGGGACAAAACCCUUUUCAUUAAAUAAAUGUGUAAGUCAGUUUGGAAACUGUUAAAAUUGUUAGAUAAGUACAAUUUAUUAUGAAAUGUUAAAAA